UCCCUCCCAGUCUACGCAACGUCAUUCCUCCCGUGGGUUCAUCGGGUGGGCAUUGUGUCCUUGAAUCAGCCCAGUUUGCCCCCUAGAACCUAACUUCCCCAGGCCGUGUCUAUAAUUGUAAGUCAGCCCCUCACUGGACGCUUUCUGCUAAGCUUCCCUGACCCAAGGGAAAGAAUGCCCAGGAGCCCGGAGCCCUAGGAAACCAAGACCAAGAGGUAGAAUUGGAGAAGAAAUUGAUCAUUUAGAGGGAGGGCCAAAAGUUGCUGUUGGAAUCGGAGAGACGGCAUACCAGUUAAGAGUGCUUACAGCUCUUACUGAGGACUGGAGUUUCGUUCCCAAGUCAGAUGACUCACGACUGCCAGUAACUUCAGCUCCAGAGGAUCCAGUGAUCUUUUCUGGUCUCCACUGGUGUCUAAAGAAGAACAGGAGUAUCAGGAGGUCAAAGCCAGACAGGACUACAGCGGGGAUUGUAGGUCAGCCUCGGCCACGGAUUGAGGCUGGACAAACAAAAGAGAGCCAGGACAGUUCUGAGUUUACAGGGCGUUCUGUCUGUGGUCAGAGUCAGCAGCAGGAGCCAUCCUUGUCUCUGAGAUGCUGUGGGGGCUCAGAUCCCUACUUCUGCUGCAUUUGGGGUUCCUUUCUCCAGUUUUGGUUGAUAUCAAGAAGACAGCAAUGGAAGAUGGUCUAUGCAGUAUAAUCCCUUGUGUGAUUGAAUUUUCCAAGGCGCCUCUCAGAAAGCCCAUGAUUGUGAGCUAUAGGCUUAAUGAAAAUAUCAGCUUCCAUGUUGGUACCAGCCAGCCCAGUGGCCCCAUGGCUGAUCUCCCCACAGAGGAGGUGGAAUACUGCAUCCUGCUGACCCACAACAUGCUCGGAAGGAAAAACAUGACCUACUCGCUCUAUGUAGGUCUAGGGGCUCAGAAAGACCUGACCCAAAAGCAAGAGCUUCACAUCCCAGGAAGUAGUGUGGCUGGAGAGCCUGUGACUUUGACCUGUACCAUCCACCGCACCUGCCAAGAGUCCAAAGCUCUUUUUCUCUCCUGGAAAGGACCCAUCAUGUCUUCUAGCACAACUGUCCCCAUCAACCCUUCUUCAGCACUGGCCGUUGACCCCAAACCUGACGACCAGGACACCACUCUCAGAUGCCACUUACAGCUAUCCCUAGAUAACCUGUCCAGCAGUAAAGUGGUCAAGCUACAACUGGUCUCACCUGCCAGGCUGCUGUACUACUCCUGUCUGCUGAAGAGAACACUUACCUGUAGCUGUUCCUUCCAUGGGGUCCCCACACCUUCAGUGCAGUGGUGGGUGGGAGGGACCCCUGUGAGUGUGAAUAGCAUAGAUGCCAUCCUGCACAUGACCUCCACCACGCUAGAAUCCUGGACCAACAGCACCAUUCACCUCAUGUGGGAGCCAGAAAUCAUUAAGAGUCUUCGCUGUGAGGGGAAGAACCAAUAUGGAGUCCAUGCCUCCGGAAUCUUCUUGAUACCAGAUAAGAGUUCUGUUUCCAGUGUGUUCCUGAGAGGACUCAUCCAGGGCAUUGUGUAUGGGGCCAUGGCAUCUGCUUUGUUCUUCUUCUUCCUCGUUGUGCUGGGAAUGAAGAUACUUAAUUGGUGGGAGGAAAAUCAAACUUGCAAGAACGAAGAAGCCCCAACUCUCAAGAAACCAGUUUGGGGAGGAGCCAAACCGGCUGAAGUCGGAAGCUGAAGGUGCACUAGCCUUGGCUCUGACAGGGUCUCACUAAGUCAAUGGAGGUAACCUUGAACUCUUGAGAUCCUCCUGCUUCAGCCUCCUAGUAGCAGGGCUCUGGAGAGAGAAAGAAGAGUCCACAUGGAAACUGCAGAUGGAU